AUGGCGUCUGCAUCCAAGCAAUACGGCGUUUCGCCUCCCAUCUCUACCGCGCUUCCCGAGCAGAACGACGUGGAGAAGAAUGCCGAACUCGUUGAAGAACUCAAGAGAGAGAACAACUAUGAGACGCAAGACGAGACUAAGAAGCGCAUGGCUACGCUUGGUACUCUACAGCGAUGCGUUAUCGAGUUCGUCAAAGAAGUCAGCAGAAGUCAACGUCUGCCUGAAUCUCAGAUCGCCCAGUUUGGUGGCAAGGUCUAUCCUUAUGGCAGCUACCGACUGGGUGUCUAUGGACCAGGAUCCGAUAUUGAUACUCUCGCCGUUGCGCCUCGUCACAUCAAGCGAGCCGAUUUCUUCGAACACUUCCCUAAUAUUCUGCGUCGCAUGGUACCGGAAUCAUCUAUCGGCUACCUCAUUCCAGUCGUGGAUGCAUUCGUUCCGAUUAUUAAGAUGCUUCUGAACGAUAUCGAAAUCGAUCUCAUCUUUGCUUCCAUCGAAACCUUGUCGACCAUCCCAAAAGACUUGAGCCUGAAUGACAAUAAGUUGCUCGAUGGCAUGGAUCAGGCGUCGAUAAGAGCCAUUACUGGCCCUCGUGUAACUGAUGAGAUCCUUGCGCAAAUACCCGAAGCCAAAACCUUCCGGACUGCGCUCCGUGCGAUCAAAUUAUGGGCGCAGCGGAGAGCGGUUUAUGCAAACAUCGUUGGCUAUCCUGGAGGAGUGGCAUGGGCCAUGCUCGUCGCGCGAGUCUGUCAGCUCUAUCCGCAUGCGGUGGGCGCAACUAUUGUGCACAAGUUCUUCUUCGUCAUGAAAGACUGGAAAUGGCCUAUCCCUGUGAUGCUGAAAGAAAUCGAGCAAGGCAAUGGCAAGGAGAAAGUUUGGAAUCCUCAGAUCUACCCCGGCGACCGAAAGAACAUUAUGCCCAUCAUCACACCCGCUUACCCGAGCAUGUGUUCGACAUACAACAUCUCGAAAUCUGGCAAGGCGGUCAUUCUGCGAGAGCUUGAGCGAGGUAGUAAGAUCACUCAAGAGAUCUUCUUUGGCAAGGGCAAGUGGAGUGAUCUGUUCCAGAAACACACUUUCUUUACAAAAGACCACAAAUAUUACCUCUCGGUGAUUGUGUCUGCCAAAGACCCCGACCAGGUCAAAGCAUGGGGAGGCAUGGUCGAAUCCAAAGUGCGCGUCCUUGUUAUGCAGCUCGAGCUCCAGAAUGACCAAAUCAGUCUUGCGCGGCCAUUCGUGAAAGGAUUUUCUCGAGCCCAUCAUUGUGACGAUGAUGCCCAGAGAAUGGAAGUAAGAAAAGGCAGCAUGAAGUACAAGGUCGAGCAGACGAAGAUUGUCGAGAACGGCAAUCCUGGACUCGUGGUUGACGGUGAUGCCACCGGCGCCAGUGGAGGUGAUUCUCCUACACCGGGUGGUAACUUCAACACGUACACCUUCUACAUUGGUAUCGAUCUUACUCCGCAAGCGCAAAAGAACCUCAAUAUCUCGGCGGCGAUUUCCUACUUCAAGAAUGUCUGCCAAGGCUGGCAGAGUUACGACCCAAACCUCCAUUUCAUCGAUGCGGUCCCGGUCAAGGCUCAUGAACUUCCUGACGAUCUCUUUGACAAGAAGCUUGGGGAGACAAAGCCCGUCAAACCCGUCAAGAAAAUUUUCAAGCAACAGAAACCCCUCGCUCGUGGAACGGAAGAGGCGGAGAAUUUGGUCAACGGAGAUUCGAAGCGGCAGAAGACUGGCACCGAGACUCCUACUCCCGCCCCGACGCAAUCACAGACUCCUACGCCAGCAGCAGCUUAG